GAUGGAGGGCAGCGUGGGGAGAUUGGAAGUGGAAGCUUUGCGCAGGAAAGAGAGACUGAAAGAGCUGCGGAACAAGCGGCAGAAAGAUGAAGGGGAACCUGAGAGUAAAGUGCGCGCAGGUGAAGAGGAAGAGCAGCACAGGGAGCUGAAGCUGAGGAAUUACACCCCCCAGGACGAUGUUCUGAAGGAGCGGCAGGUGCCCCAGGCCAAGCCAAUCUCAGUGGAAGAGAAGGUGAAGGAACAGCUGGAAGCAGCCAAACCAGAGCCAAUCAUUGAGGAAGUAGACUUGGCCAAUCUUGCUCCCAGGAAACCAGACUGGGAUCUAAAGAGAGAUGUAGCCAAGAAGCUGGAAAAGCUGGAGAAAAGGACCCAGAGAGCCAUUGCAGAGUUGAUCCGGGAGCGGUUAAAAGGACAAGAAGAAGAAUUGGCUACAGCUGUGGCAUCCGCAAAUCAAGAGGAUGAAGAUUCAGACUAAACUCUCUGUGUAGUAGAAAAAAAAAAAAGCACUCGAGCACCUGAUUUGAAGCACAAGAUUUCACUGAAUCCAAGUAACCGUACUUGAGCUCUGAUUCUUAGCACUCCAGGGCCGCUCUCUUUCCCAUGGUCAGGCAGGGAUUUUGGUCUUGGGUGAGUGUCUGGUGGAAUGGUGCGUGUGCUUCAAUUGCAGCAAUCUCUGGGGCAACGAGACACAGUGUAUAUUAAACUGAUUUACUCUGUUGCAUUAAGCCAUGGAAUAUCUGCCAACCAGCUUUAUAUCCAGGAACAAUUCCUCCCCGUGUCUGACAUGGGAAAGAGAGAAGUCCAGUAAUAGGAGUAAAGAGGAUCAGAGCUAUAGAGAGGCACAAUGUCCCUGUACAUAACUGUCUGGAAUUGAAUGAUUCUAGUGUCCUGUCCCUGUACAACAGCAGCAAAGUUGCAAGUUUGGGUAUAAGCAAUGCGAGGCUGCACUGUAGGUCUGUCAUGUGGAAACUCAAUAGCCCACGUAGCCGAGAGGAGCCAUUUGUAUCUGUUUUCACUUCAAUAUGUUGCUUUGUAUGUGUUCAUUCUAUAAGGGGAAGUAAGAUGUUACUAUUUGUUACAUUUUUUUAAAUAAACCUUUAAAAACAAA